GAGUUCCUGUUCUUCCCUGAGAUAGAAACUGUCUCUGUUCAUUGUGGUUCAGUCUGUUGGAGGAUGAGGAUGAACAUCUGCAGCUGCCUGUUAGCUUUAGUUCUGGGCUGUAAUGUGACAGCAGAAAUAAUCCAUCAAAUAGUUGAGGAGAAGGAACAUGUCUCUCUGCGUUGUUCUCACUCUGUGGAGGGUAAACUGACGUGGAGCAGAGAGAUUAAUGGAAACACAGUUGACAUAUUAAUAGUUGAUGGUGACGGAGAGCAAAGAUUCAAUGACCCCCACAAACGAUAUGGUUCAGCUGUAGAUAAGUCACUGCACAUCAGGAGAACGAAUGUCUCAGACUCUGGAAAAUACUUGUGUAAUAAUGAAGCAGCUGUGGAACUGACGGUGAUCCCAUCAGGAACAACAAUAGUCAGUAUUGCAGAGAAGUCCAACGUCACUCUGACAUGUCCUGAUGUUGUUGGAGGGUCACAUGUUCCAACAUGGACCAGAGAGAUUGAUGGAAAACAACAACAAAUCAGGCGUCAUGUUUCAGCUGUUGACAAGUAUCUGAAUAUACCAGACGUGCAGCCUGGUGACUCUGGACUGUACUACUGUGAUGGAAAACCAGCUGCAAAUCUAAACGUGACCAAAGGUGAUCAGUCUGAGAGAGAUGAUAAUACAGGACCAACAUCACCUACAGCAACUUCUAUAACAUCACCAUCAUCUAAAAACACAGAAGCAAACAGGACAUCACCAUCAACAACCCCAACUACAACUACAGCAACAAUAACUGUACCAGCACCACCAAAAACAACAACGGAGGGAGAGAAACAUAAAAAAAAAACAUCACCUACAACAACUUCUACAACAUCACAACCAGCUACAAACACAGAUGAUGAUGAAGAAUCACCAUCUGAUGAAAACAAAGAAGAUGAUGAAGGAUCAACAUCACCUACAACAACUUCUACAACAUCACAACCAGCUGCAAACACAGGACCAACAUCACCUACAACAACUUCUACAAUAUCACCACCUGCUAAAAACACAGAUCAGAAGCCAAUUCUUAUUUGGGUGGUGGGGAUAGUUGUUUCCUUCCUCCUCGUCCUCAUCAUCAUCACCGUCUACUGUGCUUGGAGGUGUAAAAGACGAGGGACUGAAGAAAUACACCACAUCUACGAUGGGAUACAAGAUGAAGGGUUGAACCCUACAAAGCGUGUGGAAAGCUCUGGUGGACCAUCAGCUGAAUACUGCCUGGUGACUUUCCCAGGUGGAUCAAAGCAAAAUGAACCCACAUGUUGCACCAUCCCUGAUCCUCCACCAACAGGAAACAAGACCGACGCAUCUCUAACUGAUUCGCCGUAUUCCAUGAUUACCAAACCUUUGCCUGAUGGUAAAACAGGUACACCGCAGCUGAAUGACCCGACGUAUUCCUUACUGGAGAAACCCAAAGUGCUUGAGAACAAUGACCAAUACCUGCAUAGUUUUAAAUAAACAUUUAGCUUCUGUCAGGCAAAAAUGUACUUCUGAAAGCGUUGUUUGUUGCAAAAUAUGGAAAGAAAAAUGCUUAUUCCUAAGUUUUGGAGGUGAAGAUUAAGACUGUUUCAAUGCGACUUUGGUACCAGUAUUAUAUUCUAUUUUAUUAUAUUCCUGCAAUCCUUUUAAUAUAUUUUUAAUAAACAUUUUGUUGUAAAAAAAAAAAAAAAAGAAAGAAAGUUAAAACAGGACCAGGAAACAAAAUGCUUUCAUGUGCUCUGUUGCUUUGUUUGAGUUGAACUGUUCAAAGACGGGAUGGACAGUACUUGCAAUAGACUGUAUUUUGUUUAUGGUACAAUACAGUGACUAUGUUCAUGUUAUCUUCAGUUAAAGCAAUUGUGUCUGAUACUGUUAUGAGUAUUGAUAAUAAAAAGAUGUGUUUGUUUCUC